AUGGAAUCCAUCCAGCUAGACCCGGCCUUACUCCGAAACAUCAAGUCCAAGACUGUCCUGGUUAGCGGAGCCGCCGGAGGAAUAGGCCUGGAGAUUGUACGACUAUUCUAUUCCAAUGGAGCGAGCGUGGUAAUGGCCGACCUUGAGCGAGGACGUCCAACAGCAGAAGCAUUCAUACGUACAGCAUCUGAUCCUUCACGUGUCAUUUUCGUUGCCGCAAACACCCUCGCCUGGGACGAGAUGAAGCAUCUAUUUAAGAUGGCAGUCAAAGCUUUCUCCAGUUUGGAUGUGGUAAUCGCCAAUGCCGGGGUCAUGGAAAGCCACCCAACCCUCGACGUCGAAACCGUGGACGCGGCUGGGGAUCUGCUGGAAGCCACGGAAGCCUCCAAGGUGAUUGAUAUAAACUUGAAAGGUACCUUGAGCACAUUGAGGCUUGCUUUGCAUCACAUGAAAGGAAACAAGGAGCGCUUCGCCGACGGCUCGCGAGGAUCCAUUGUCCUGGUUUCCUCAACUUCUGGAUAUUUUGGCGGAACAGGCGCGAGCUACAACAUCAGAAUCAACGGCGUAGCUCCCUUUGUGACGCCAACAAGCAUGGCAGGUGGUUUUGCGAGCGAGUGGGCUGCCGCAGGACUUCCCAGCAAUACAACUGAACAGGUAGCACGAGUAGUUGCAGCUAUCUCCCAAGACCCUGCCAGAACAGGGUCAUGUUACAUGACCUGCGGAAACAUAAUCAGAGAAAUGGAGGCUACACGACAGGCGCUUUUGGGUCAGUGGCUGGGUAAUGAUGUCGCACAGUUGAUGACGAGUGCCAGCACUUUCUUUGCAGACUUGGGCGGAUACCCUCUUCCCAAGCUGGAAGCCUUGCAGGAUUGA